AUGGGAGAAAAUUCGAAGCAGGAAGGCAGCCUGGCAGGGCAGAGGGAGCAGAGAGAAUAUGAGGAAGGCCCCGUGCUUCGCUCCUCUCCAAACGUGGCAAAAAUAUCCAGCCCUACAGAGACUGAACGGUGCAUCGAGCCUCUGAUUGCUGUUUUCCAAAGGCAUGCUGGAAGGGACGGUAACAACAGCAAACUCUCCAAGGCCGAGUUCCUUAUCUUCAUGAAUACAGAGCUGGGUGCCUUCACAAAGAACCAGAAGGACCCUGGUGACCUUGACCGCAUGAUGAAGAAGCUGGACCUCGACUCUGAUGGACAGCUAGAUUUCCAAGAAUCUCUUAAUCUUAUUGGCGGCCUGGCCCUAGCUUGCCAUGACUCCUUUAUUAAGUCUACCUCUUCCCAGAAGUAAAUCGGAGGAGCCUUUGGGCCUGGCCUCCAGCCUCACUCCCUUUCCUUCAGCCUCCCAAUUAUCAUCUGCCCCU